UAUGAAGGCUCCAUUAUUCUAAAUGAAAUUAAGUAACUCUUUAUCUUCUUUAUUUCUUCAGAUGAAUACAUAUCAAGUAAUCAUUUUCUUCUUUACAGCAUAAUAGAAAUAAAAAGAAUGGACAAUCAAUCCAGUGUGACCGAAUUCCUUCUGAUGGGAUUUUCUGAUGAUCAUGAUGUACAACUUCUACUUUUUUUCUUACUUUUCUUCAUUUAUUUGAUAGCUUUGAUUGGGAAUUUACUAAUUGCUUUUGUUGUGAUUCUGAAUCAUCACCUGCACACCCCCAUGUAUUUCUUUUUGGUUAACCUAUCCUUGACUGAUAUUUGUUAUAUCACAACCACUAUCCCCAAAUCAAUGGCAGUUUCAUUGACAGAUAACAAAACAAUUACUUUUCCUGGAUGUAUGGCUCAAGUUUUCUUAAUUAUUGCUUGUAUAGGUUCUGAGGUUGCCUUGCUCACCAUCAUGGCUUAUGAUCGUUAUGUAGCUAUCUGCCAUCCUCUGCGAUAUAGCCUUAUUUUGAACCGGGGUGCAUGUAGCCAAAUGGCACUUGCUUCCUGGAUUAGUUCCUUCGUCCAUGCUUCAUUGCAAACCACCAUAACGUUUCAAUUAAAUUUCUGUGGGUUGAAUAUCAUUGGACAAUUUUUUUGUGAUGUUCCUCAGUUACAAAAAAUUUCUUGUACUGAUACAAAAUUUAAUCAAAUUUUCAUGUGGAUAUCUGGAUUCAUUGUGUGUAUAUUCUGUACAGGUUUUGUUUUUGCUUCUUAUGGUUACAUCUUCUCAGUUAUUCUAAAAAUUCCAUCCAGUCAAGGAAGAUAUAAAACUUUUUCAACUUGCAGUCCACACUUGACUGUCUUUUCCUUAUUUAUCAUCACAUCUAUGUUUUCAUACUUGAGGCCACAAACUCUUUCUUCUCCCACGAUGGACUUACUAUCUGCGGUUUUGUAUGCGGUGUUGCCUCCAGUUCUGAAUCCCAUCAUUUAUAGCUUCCGAAAUAAGGAUAUGCAAGAAUCUCUGAGAAAAACAGCACCAAUAAUUAAAAGAAAUUUCUUAGCCUAAGAGACUACUUUUCAAUGUGAGACACAUUGCAUUAAAUUUUUUGGAUAUAGUAUAAAUGAUUCCACAUUUU